AUGUUUCAUCUGCAUUCUUCUUGCAUUUCAUUUCUCUUUCCAUGCUUCUUUCAUAAUCUUUUUUCUUCCAUUUUAUUUUCAUGUUUCAUCUGCAUUCUUCUUUGCCUUUUCAUUUCUCCUUGCCAUGCUUCUUUCAUAAUUUUUUUCUUCCAUUUUAUUUUCAUGUUUUCAUCUGCAUUCUUUUGCCUUUCAUUUUUCUUCCAUUUCUUUCAUAAUCUUUUCUUCCAUUUUAUUUUUGUUUCAUCUGCAUUUUCUUGCCUUUUUUUUCUCUCUUUCCAUGCUUUUCAUAAUUUUUUUCAUUUUAUUUUCUGUUUCAUCUGCAUUCUUCUUGCCUUUUUCAUUUCUCUCUUUCCAUGCUUCUUUCAUAAUUUUUUCUUCCAUUUUAUUUUCAUGUUUGCAUUCUCAUUUUCAUUUUCUCUUUUCCAUUUUUUCAUUUUUCUUCCAUUUUAUUUUCAUGUUUCAUCUGCAUUCUUCUUUUUUCAUAAUUUUUUCUUCCAUUUUUUUAUUUUCAUUUUCAUGUUUCAUUUUAUUUUGCAUCUCUUCUUCUUGCCUUUUUCAUUUCUCUCUUCCAUGCUUUCUUCUUUUUUCAUAAUUUUUUUUUCUUCCAUUUUAUUUUCAUGUUUUUUCUUUUCAUCUGCAUUCUUCUUGCCUUUUUCAUUUCUCUCUUUCCAUGCUUCUCUUUUUCUUCCAUUUUAUUUUCAUUUUCAUCUGCAUUCUUUUCUUGCCUUUUCAUUUUCUCUUUUCCAUGCUUCUUUCAUAAUUUUUUUCCCAUUUUAUUUUCAUGUUUCAUCUGCAUUCUUUUUUUUUCAUUUCUCUCUUUCCAUGCUUUUAUUUCAUAAUUUUUUUCUUCCAUUUUAUUUUUCAUGUUUCAUCUGCAUUCUUUUUUUUCUUCCAUUUUUAUUUUCAUGUUUUCUGCAUUUUCUUGCUUUUUCAUUUCCAUGCUUCUUUCAUAAUUUUUUUCUUUUAUUUUCAUGUUUCAUCUGCAAUCCUUUUCAUUUCUCCUUUCCAUUUUUUUCAUUUUUUUUUCUUCCAUUUUUAUUUUCAUGUUUCAUCUGCAUUUUCUUUUUUUCAUUUCUCUCUGUUCUUCUUCCCAUUUUAUUUUCAUGUUUCAUCUGCAUUCUUCUUGCCUUUUUCAUUUCUCUCUUUCCAUGCUUCUUUCAUAAUUUUUUUCUUCCAUUUUAUUUUCAUGUUUCAUCUGCAUUCUUCUUGCCUUUUUCAUUUCUCUCUUUCCAUGCUUCUUUCAUAAUUUUUUUCUUCCAUUUUAUUUUCAUGUUUCUUCAUUUUCUUGCCUUUUUCAUUUCUCUCUUUCCAUGCUUCUUUUCAUAA